UAUUGGUCUUUAAAAACUGCGUGUGUCGACUCACUGUUGAGCAAAGCGAAGAAAGGGGGAAAUGCCAUAGCUGCUGAUAAGCAACAAUCAGGCAAUCCAAUGGACACAACGACGACAACAACAGCAAGCGGCUUGAAAACCCUUACACCUUUCUCCCCCUCUCUCCUUUAUCUCCUUUCCGCAUGCGCUCCUCAAAAGUUCCUCUCUUUCGUUCCCUCUGCUCGGCCCAUCUCCACCGCAGCUCUCGCCUCUCUCUGUCCUCCGCUCGUUUCUCUCCCCUCUGCUCUCUGUGUCUCUGCAGCUGAUGGGAUUGGGAGCAGAGGAGAGUGCUUUCUGGCAGAUGGGGUAGGGGAGGCAGUGAAGGAAGAACAAGUUUCACAAAGGAAGAUUCUUCAAGUGGUUUUAGUCUCUCCUCAGAUUCCUGGAAAUACAGGUUGCAUUGCCAGAACAUGUGCAGCAUCAGCUGUUGGGCUUCAUCUUGUUGGGCCACUAGGAUUCAAGAUUGAUGACGCAAAAUUAAAGCGUGCUGGAUUGGACUAUUGGCCAUAUGUGGUGGUUAAAGUUCACAGCUCAUGGGCAGAAUUUCAAGACUAUUUCAGGCAACAGGAGGGGGAAAAGCGGUUGCUUGCAUUUACAAAGAGAGGAACAAAAUUUCAUUCAGACUUUUCUUAUAGAAGGGGUGAUUUUCUCAUAUUUGGCUCCGAAACAUCCGGCCUACCACCUGAAGCACUCGAAGACUGCAAAAGUGAAACGAUUGGCGGUGGGACAAUUAGGAUUCCAAUGGUUGAAACUUAUGUAAGAUGUCUGAAUCUCUCUGUAAGUGUUGGCAUUGCUCUGUAUGAAGCUGCCAGACAGCUAAAUUACGAGCAGCUUGAUUUUCCAAAUGAAAACUGUAUUGAUAGUGAAAAAUCAUUUGUCACCGAGGAUAUUUUUGCUUAAGGCAUUGUAUUAGAACUCAUUGUUUUACUGCCAAUUCGAACUUGAGAGAACGAAAAAAGAGCAUUACUAUAUCUGAA